AUGGAGGCCUCCAGGGUAGGAGGGGGCUCCCGCAGCCUGGGAGACCAUUCGCUUUUGCAGUUGUUACACAGAAGUCACGAGGACCUCAUCAGCUUCGCUGUUUCCAGCUCCAACACUGAGUGUCUCCUCUUGCUGCCCCAAGAAAGUCAGCUCAAGGGCUUCCAAAUCAAUCAGGCCUUCCUAGAGACACACAUUCUGCAGGGGACACCCUACGGCGACUGCUUCAUAAACUUGAGGGGACAAGAGGUCGAACGUCGGGGAGACGAGCUGUUUACUUCUCUCGGCUUUAAGGCUACAGUGUGCGCCUCCAUCCUCAAGGAAGAACGCAUGUUUGGCUCCGGAGGCCCCUUCUCCUGCCUGCUCAUAUCUGUACCGCUGUUGCCAUCGCCUGCAGGAAGACUAGCCGAAGGGGGCGUUAACACGGGUUUGCCCUCCAACAUGCCUCGGAAGAUCGACGCUUUGGAAGGGAGCUCUCCAGGCCUUUCUUCCUUCGCGGAUGGCACACUCUCCUUCCUUACCGCCACAGAAACGCAACACAGGGUGGACAGAAUGUGGAAGCAGAUUCCCCAGGGGACCCUCGCGGAGCGGCGAGUACAUGCAGAGAUCAUGCAUUUCAAAGCCACAUACGUUCUAGUGCCUGGACAGGACGGGGCAGUCGCGCAGCGCAUGCGUCGCCUCGUCACUGCCUGCUGUCGCCUCCUUCCGCCAAAUGUCAUGGAACCGAAGGAGGCGGAGCGACUAAUGGAACGCUUUGUAUGGCUCGAAGUUCAUGACCGCCUCUGGCCCUUUUUCCUCGAGACAGCAGAGAAACAACAGGAAGCAAUUGAGCGGGGCCUCGAGAUCUUCCGGAAUGACAGUUCUGCUUUUCUAGAGGGCCUUGGUCUGCGUCGUGAGCUGCGGGGAGCUCACCCCGUGGAGGCUGGAAAGGAGCUGGCUAAGAUGCCCUCUAUGCUGCUGCCACAUGAGAAGCUCCAGCAGCUCUGCCUCUCAGUGGAGGCAAUACAUCGCGCCUGCAGUGUCGCAGUUGCAGCGGCUGCUUGUCACGACCCUCCAAGUUGUAGGAGAAAGGAGCCUGUAGAGGUGUGCUGCGAAGACCUUGUAGCUCUGCUGGUGCUGGCUUUGGCAGAAGGCGCGAUGGGCCCGUUGGUGGCAAGCUACCUCCACAUGUCUGUUUUGUUGUUGCAGCAGUCUCGAGAGGCCCGCUACGAGAAAGAGGCAUUUUACUUAACUGCUCUGCACUCCGCUUUGACAUACCUCUCUCGAAUACAGAAAAGAGAGACGGCAAAGAACUUUCGCACCGGUUAA